UGCCGUACGCAUGUUGUGAGUGCUGCAGACUUGUACCUUGCCGCAUAAACUCAAGGUAAACUGUACAUAUUCGAAGCCAGACUGUAUACCUGGUGGACUGUUUCCGUUAUAGGGACAGCCAUGCUCAUGAAAACAUGAAAAUCAAGAACAAGGUAUAAUAAUAUAGUCGUAUCCAUGUCGAUGAGCGAUUCAAGGUUUCACUGCUGACGCUGAUGGCGCCUUGCGGGGCCGUUCUCAGCCGCCAACAGCCUGUGGAACUAAUUUAGCGGCCCUGGGCGGCCAAACCUAAAAGAGAUGGAUUUCUAUUUACUCAAGCUUGCUACAGUUAGUAGUAGCCGCCCACUCAUCGCAAUACCUCGCGUUCUUUGACUUUACGCCCUUUCUUUACAGUUUCUCUCUUCAACACUCACCGCAUCACAGCAUGUAAUGCCAUGAUAUUUUUAUUCUCAUCUCAGCUAUUGCCCCUUGUUCAAAGUUACGUUCAAGGCUAGCAAUAGUGACCGCCAACUCGAAACCGCAACCUUCCGCAAAAGCAACAAUUUAGCCAUCAUGGAUCGCUUCCGAAAUACUGCGGGUGAAUAUGAGGACUCGGCCAUCAUGGACGAUUUAAAGGCUGUUGGAUAUCAGGAAGUUACUGGAUUGCAGGAAACCCAGGCUCGGUCGCCCUUGACGAAAACGCGGUCCAUGUCCGACGGAGGAGGAACCCCCUCUCGACUCUCUCCCUCACCACGCAUCGUCGAGGCAUCUCGACGGACAUCAAAAGACGACACAAGUAUUCCCACUCCUCAGCCAGUGACGCCCCGACGCCCAAACUUCUCCAACCGUGGCUUUUCCAUACAGAUGCCUCCUCGAGAAUUUACUCCACCAGCCGCGAACUCAUACGUCAAACCCGCACCUUUAUCACCUAAACUGGACCACUCCCAGAUAUAUGCAUCUCCUACCAAUAUACUUCCUCGUCGCUCCCGCGGUCUUGACUUUUCUCGCGCCGCUACCAGCCUACACCACUCGACCCUCGCCGAACAGUCUUCUCCCGACUCAUCGCCCACCGCUGGUGGCCGGGCAAUGAACAUACCGAGCCGAAGAAGUCAUUAUGCAGGCCCCGAACAAACAUCGACGUCUCUAUGGUCAGUCAUGGGUAAUCAGGAAAAGAUGCACAUCAGCAGCUCGCUUGGGAGCCAGGCGAUUGGCUCUGAUUCGUCAAGUACCUCAGAUGACGAUGAGCUGAUGGACGAGGAUAUGGAUGAGACCUACGUAACAACUCCGCAGGUCCAUAAGAUUGGUCCAAUUCUCGGUCCCCAAGGGUCUGGUGGGACCUUUGGAUCCCCUGCAAUGAGCAGCCUCAUGAGUUUCCAACAGCGACAAAGACCCCGCAAACAAGCCAAGAAGAAGGCUCGUGGGCCUUUGGGACUGGGAUUCAGCGGUGCAUCUCUAUCCAAGUCACCACCAACUAAUUCUUCUCGGGCUCGUCGCGAGAGCAUCAGUUGGCAGGCUAAUCAAUUGCACAUUUCUGGUGCAGAUUCCGAUGAGACACGAGCAAUGGGCGAUGUGGACGGGCUUGGAGAUGGGCAGCGCAAUGUCAUUCGGAGGGUAGUAACAAGACGGGGAAAUCUUUUGCCCAAGACAAAAGGAUUCGCACGCAUUCGUGCUGCGCUCAUGGAAGAGAGCACUCCUGCCGAAUCUGAGUUUCGUCGAGAAGCCGAAGUUGUUAAACAGGUUCGUGAUUGCGACAUGGAGCUUGAGCCCAGGAUCCCACAACCGGCCUUGGAUUCAACUCAAUCAACAACAGCACCCUCUUCACCCAACUUGACACAGCAAGAAGGCCUGAACGACGUACCCGAGGACGAUAUCAUGGGCGACAUAUCCAUGGGUCUCUCUAGCAGUUUUAAGCAACAUGCUAUCAAGAACUCAAAAGGCAAGACGUUUUGGGACACCUUUUCUGAGUCAAGUAGCACUGGCGGUGCGAGAACCACACCGCCUCCUGCCGCUUUUCUUCCUCGAGGCUCAUCCUCAGGUAUCAGCGAAGACGUGGCGAUGGACUCACCGUCAGUUGGUGGAGCUACUAAUGGCGGUACUCAACCACCAAGUGCUGCAGAAAUAACUCGAAGAAUUAACAGUAAACGUCGCCGGGACGAUGAUUUUGAUCCUGUUAGCUUCAAACGUCGAGCUGUCAGCCCUGGGAUGAGCGUUCACAAUUCACCAGUCAUGCAGAGUCCACUCCAACGAGACGGUAUGUCGUGGGGUUCUCGUCCCGGUAGUAACGGCGGCGAUAAGGCCGGCAGUAGUGCACCAAGCGAAGCCGGCAGCACACCAGGAAACCUAUCCGGCAGUAGCUCUGCGGCUGGACGACUUAACAGCAAAGGCCGGGUUGGUUUCCAAGGAAUGAUUGAUACUCAUGAUGGGAUCAUGCGUAUGAGUAUAGAGUAGCCUGUUUCUUUCUGUUGCAAAUAUUGGAGUGCCUCGGAGGAUUCGAGUCUUUGGACCAUGAAACUAAAAGCAUAUGGAGGCGUUAUGAGCUAUGGCGUUAUUUAGGAAUGGAUUGGUAUGGGGUCUUCAAACAUCCAGCCUCUGGAAGCGGCUUUUAUUUCUAAUACCCUCGUAUUGGGCGAAAAUAUUAGGUAUCAUCAAUGUCUCUGAUUAUAUAAAUGCCGUCUCUGUAAAAGGCGGCCCCUAACGCCUAAAAAGAAGCCUUUCUCAGAUCACUCCUUGAUUAUCCCUCAUAAGAAAUUCCAACGCCGUCUAUGCCAAAUCGCUUGUACCAAACAUGCUGCCAUUACUCCACGCCAACACCCUCCUCUGGAACUGUGAGCGUACCAAGCUUGUCGUCAAGCCAACGCGCUAGCUCAGUGGCAUGACGGCGAAGGGCAGUUACUGCAGCGGCAGAGCCUGCGUUGCUCUCCAGACUAGCUGUCGUUUGUCCACCAGUGCUCAGAAUACUGUCUGCUCCAUCUGGACUGCCAACAUGAGAGGACUCGCCAGUGGGAACAUGGAGAUCAUGCACAUUAGGCACGCCAUGCUCUGUGACAUCUGGGUUGGCGGGUCCCACGCAGACGAAGAGAAGACCGCACUUCAACCUACGGAUCACGACAGUCCCGCUCGUAAGUUGAACCGUGACAGUAGCAGGCUUGAUGCCCCGUCCCUUGCCAGACUUAUGUGAGUCGAGCUGCUGACUUUGUGAUAAUCGAUCUGUCUCGUCUUCGAGGCCAUCCUCUUCAGGUGGCGAGCUUCCGAUCGGAUCGGGUGUGCGAGAACCGGGUAGAGACGCAGCGAGGGCAGGUGCCGAGGUGGAGUGUAUGGCGAGGAGGGAUGCAGCGACGGUAGCAUGUGUUCGGAGAGCGGCUACGGGAUGAGGGCUUGCGUGUGCGAGAAGCUUGCCGUGAGGGCUUGUAAGAAGAAGCGUGGGAAGCUGGGGAGUUCGGUUCGCGUUGAGAAAGGCCGUAAGGCGCUUUGUGAGGAGAAGAGGAGGCGUUGGGUGGGAGAUGGACAUGGUAAUUGAAUGAUUGGCGAUUGAUAAGCUAGCCUCUGCGGACUUUCCUGAAUCCAGAGAAUUACUUGGUUGUUCGAUAGAUAGGGAAAUAGCGCUAGAUUAUUGUACAAGAACGAGAAAAGAUCCGCUCGUUGUUUGGAAGAAAAGAAGAGUCAAGCCUUGAUGGAUGUUGAGGUGGAAUGGGGAAACGGCUCAGGUCCAG